UCAUGGCUCUGCCAACUCAAACCACACACAAAGACAUCGCUACACGGAGACAGGCAUUAUAAUGGUUUCCGCCAUGAAGCCGUCGGUCACCUUCGUCCUCCUCCUCUCAGGGCUCGUGGUGUUCGGGGUGAUCGCGGACGCCAAGGCGCCGUGCGCCGUGGUGUGCUUCCAGGGAGGGCACAUCACCUGCGACAACUACCCCGGGCAGGAGCUCGACGGGUGCGACUGCGAGUGCGCGCCGGCCGACGGCAAGGGCUGCGUGCUCCACCUCGACGACGGCGUCACCAAGACCAACUGCCGGAGGCCAAAGAAGUUCUAGCUGAAUAGUUGGUUUGGGUUCGAGUCAAAUAAAUCCUUGCAAGUGAUACCGUGGGAGCUCAUGCAGUAGAAUCCAACUUUACACACUUCGAAUAAACUUUCCGAGGAUAAUGUGUUGAUCCA